AUGGAUGUGGCGGGAGAUCUAUGCAACCAUCUAAAGACAAAUUUGCUAUACCCAGGAGAUAUCAGUACCCAAGAUCUCUCACAGGUGCUUCAAGGUGUGGCCAAGCCUAUUUUUCAAUUUUUAAUGAAGCAUACAAAGUCAAGUAGCGACGCAAAAACAAUUCGAGCGAACUCAAUGCUCAAUUCUGUCAAUAAUAUCCGCUCAUCAAAGCAAAUUGAUACAUCAAAUUCUCAAAAAAUACUUUCUCAGAUUUCUGCAAACCAAGAAGUGAUUAAUAAGCUGAAAAGUGAAAUAAAUUUGAAAAGAGCCAAAAGAUCUAUACUGCAAGCAUAUGUUUACAAAAACGACCGGCUCAGAGAAAAAAUUGCAAAAUCAAAAGAAAUACUAGAAGCCCUUAAUAACCAAAAAUCUAGCCCAGAAAAUAUAAAAAUCAAUGAAGAACUGUUAUCUCAAGCUGCAGAUAGACUUCUUUAUCUAUCAACUACCAAAGCAAAACCAUUAGAUAUCCCUGUAAACGCAAUUAAAGGAAUUUUAGACUCAUUAGGAAUUGACCUUGAGACCACUGCGGUUUUUUCCCAUUUAAUCAGUGAAAAUAAAUUUGCAUUUACCGAGCUCUACAGCAUGAUCAAUAAUUUUCACCCAGAAAAUGAAAUAAGGACUAUUGGGGUAAAACUAAUUAAAAUUGGUGACCAUUUUCAAGUAGAAAAUAUUGACACGUCUUUAUUAAUUGAUAAACUUGCUGCAAAAAUAGCAAAAGAAAGAGAAUCGACAUGGGAAGCUUUUAAUGACUGCGAAAAUAUGCUUCACUAUACCAAAAAUUUAAGGAAAAAUUUUAUUUCUCUGUUUGAGAGGAAAGAAAGUUAUUCGUCAGCGAAGCUAAAAGAGUUCCAUAAAUUGGAAAUAGAAUUACAGUCGAAAAAAGCACAGGUAAAUUCUUUACAAAAUAGCAUGAGAGAAUUGAUACACUUGAUAAGAAAGAAUGGGGUUAUUUAUAAAUUCUAUGGGAUAUAGGAAUAUGUAUUAUAAAAAAAAUACAAAAAAAGAAGAUUUGAGCCAAAAAAUUAUUCUUUUGCAAAGACAAAAACAAAAAGGAGAAAAAGAAGGAAAAACUUCAUUAAGUUUGCAGGUAAGUGCUAUAGUUGAAAGAAAUUCGUCAUUGAGAAGAGAUCUAGGGAAAUAUAAGCUGAGAAUUGACGAAUUCAUGCAAAAUCAUAUUCUCGCCAUAACUUCACCCCAUCUUUGAUCAAACCAAUUGCCAACAUUUGAUCAAGUAUUUAAAAAAAAUGUUUGCUAAUAUAAAAUUUAGCCCGUUAGGGGAACCGGCUUUAUCUCUGAUUAUAUGAUAACUAUUUAAUCAAGAAUCAGAAUGAGUUUUUCAUUUUUAGGAAAUUUGCAAUGGUACUAAUCGACCAAGGUUGGAGGGAGUAAGAAAUGACAUUCCAGAGCUCCUCAAACCAUUACUUACUUGCAUAUCUCGAGAAUGCUCUGAGUUUGCAAAAAUCCAAAAUUAUUUAGUCCCAUUAAAUAUCCAUACAUUAAAAUGGCGACAUGUGUCAGCCUGCCCUUUUGGCGCAACAGUCCAGUAGCAGGGCCGCAGAAAUCCAUAGGCUGCCCACUCAAGACUGAAGCCGCAAGGAGGAGACAGAAGCUGUCAGAAGUGGCAUCCACCUUCGGUAGAGAGGCUCUCUGGGUACACGGGAGGUCUUUAGUGACUGCGUCACCAAUAUCGCUAGCGCCUAACUUUAAUAACCUAGCCUAGCCCAUUAAAUAUCCCUAAUCAUCCUUCAACUUCAGGCCCAGAGGCAACUAUUUCAAGCCAAUUAAGGACUCCAAUCACAAACCGUCAACUUAAACGAGUUUUCGAAGCUUGCCACACAGAACUUUACCAAUCAGAAAAAAAUUUAAUUGAAAAUAUCAAAAAUGCUUUAAAACAUCCCUCAGAAAUUCAAUUAGAAGUUCCUGAAAUUAUAGCUAUAAAAGAUGAGGACAAAACCAGGAGAGAAAGGCUUAGGCUAGUCGAGCUUAAACUUCAUGACGAAGAAAAAGAAUUAUUUUGCACCAAAUUAAGCUUUAAUUCUCUAUGUUUUGGCAUUUUUUAUAAAAAUAAUUUUUUUUUUAUAUCAUUUCAGUUUAUUUCAGCAUAAAUAAUCUUGAACACAAUGUUUUGCCAAUCUGGAAAGAGCAGCCUACGCAGCAUUGUAUUCCAUGGAAAAGAGAUGCAGCUGGUCUUAACAUAUCUGAAGCCCUAGAGUUAUGGAAAUAUAAGUAUUAA